UGAUCUCGAACCUUCCCUUCUUCUCGUCUUUCUUUUCCCUUUUCCAUCUCCGUUGAGAUACCUCCGAUUCUCGCCGGCGUCGCCACCAUGAACUCAUCUGGCAGCAGCUCCAACCGCGGCGCCCGAUCAUCGGCCUCCGGCGCCUCCUUCGACUCCUACCAGUUCGACUUCGGCAUCGCUGGAUCCGGCCGCGGCUCCGCCUCCCGCCCCCUUAAAGACCAGAAGCCCACCGCUUCCUACGGUGCGCCGUCCCCCGCGCCGGCGCCUUCUUGGUCGCACCAGCCCUCUCGGCCCUCGUGGACGCCUGCCGCGGCGCCCUCAGCCACCAGAUCUGGCAAUCUCAACGGCCCCGCUUCCAUGGUCGGCGAUAUCUUUGGUAAGAGUUGGGGGUCUACGACGCCGGCUGCUGGGAUCGGGAUCCCCAAGUCGGACUCUAAUCUUUUUGGCGAUCUCGUUGGAUCCGCCCUCGGCCAGGGUCGUGGCGGAUCUGGAAAUGUUCCUUUGAAGUCAGCGCCGCCGAAGAAUGCCUUCGGAAUGGGUAAUUUGUCUGAUUCACUCCCCAGACCGACUGCUAACGCCACAUCUGCGGCAAGUAGUGCCCCGAUAAGGCCCAACGGCUGGGGAUCUGCCGAUCAAGUUGGAAAUCUCUCCUCUUUUAGCCAGCCUGGUCCAAAGAUUGGUGCUCCAAUGAGUACUGGUGGGCAGCCGAUGAAAUCAAUGGGGGGAAUGCCUAAACCAGAUCCUUUUGGUUCAUUGGGCGGCUUUGGAUCAAACUCCUUUGUGAAAUCACCAGCCCAAUCGGUGAACUCUUCCGGUAUGAACAGCGGCGACUUCUCUUUUGGUGCAUUUCAGAAUGCCAAUUCAACAAAGAUAGGUAACAGUGGAAAUAGCAGUGGUAGUUUUUCAUCUCCCCUGCAACCACCACCACUGAAUCCCCCUAAGGAUAGCAUGGAUCCAUUGGAUUCAUUCUUUUCUUCAUCUGCAGCAAGUGCCCCAGCUUCUGAGGCACCUGUAAGUCAGCAAUUCUCCGAGAUGACUGAUUGGGACAUGGGUUCUGAAUUCGGGGGUCAUGACAAUGGUGGACCGACAACAGAGCUUGAAGGGCUGCCACCACCACCCUCAGGUGUCACUGCUCCUGCUGCAAAGUCCAAAGGACAGGAUAAUUACAAACAGGGGCAGUAUGCCGACGCGAUUAAGUGGCUUUCAUGGGCCGUCGUGCUUUCGGAGAAGUCUGGGGAUAACAAUUCAAUGGCGGAGGUGUUGUCUUGCAGAGCUUCAUGCUACAAAGAAGUCGGCGAGUAUAAGAAGGCGGUGGCUGAUUGCUCAAAGGUCUUGGAGAAAGAUUCUGAAAACAUCUCAAUGCUAGUGCAACGCGCACUUUUAUACGAGAGCAUGGAAAAAUACAAGCUUGGUGCUGAGGACUUGAGGAUGGUUCUGAAAAUUGAUCCUGGUAACAGGGUUGCAAGAAGCACAAUCCAUCGCCUGAAUAAAUUUGCUGAAUAGGGAUCCAGAUGGACCUUUGCCCCCCUGCUUCUUUCAUACUGUGAGACUUAUAAAGUUGUAAAAUUUUCUUCUUUGUGUUUCUAUCAGUGACAUGGUUUUGGAAUAAUUGCCUCUGAUCCUUGCAAAUGGUGUUAUGGUAUACAACCAAUUUGAAAUUUGAAACAUUCUGCA